CCCGGGCCCGGGUCCGGGAGCGGGCCUAGCCCCCGCCGGUCCCAUGGGGAACACGGUGACGUGUUGCGUGUCCCCGGCCGCCAGCCCCAAGCUCAGCCGGGGCCCGUCGGGGGGGGGCCGGGGGGGGCUCCGGGGUGCGGGACGCCGGGAGGCCGCGCGCGGCCCGGCUGAGGCGAAGGCCCGGCCGGACGGGGAGGAGGACGACGACGACGACGACGACGACGACGACGACGACGAGGAGGAGGAGGAGGAGGCCCCCGGCGGCCGACGGCACCGGCAGGGCCCCCACCUGCAGCACAUCAGCGACCGCGAGUUCCCGGACGAUUUAACUGUGGAGUCGAAUCCGUCUGACCACCCCAGAGCAAGCACAAUUUUCUUGAGCAAGUCCCAGACUGAUGUGAGAGAGAAGAGAAAGAGCAACCAUAUAAAUCAUAUUUCUCCAGGGCAGCUUACUAAAAAAUAUAGCUCGUGCUCUACCAUUUUUAUAGAUGACAGUACGGUCAGCCAGCCCAAUCUUAGAAGCACAAUAAAAUGUGUGACAUUAGCAAUAUACUACCACAUAAAGAACAGAGAUUCAGAUAGAUCCUUGGAUAUCUUUGAUGAGAGAUCACAUCCACUAACACGGGAAGAUCUACCAGAUGAUUACUUCAAGCAUGACCCCGAUCACAAACAUAUUUACCGUUUUGUCCGGACACUCUUUAGUGCUGCACAGUUAACGGCAGAAUGUGCAAUAGUGACUCUGGUUUACUUAGAAAGACUUUUAACUUACGCUGAGAUUGACAUCUGCCCCAGUAACUGGAAAAGAAUUGUUUUGGGAGCUAUUCUUCUGGCUUCUAAGGUUUGGGAUGAUCAGGCUGUGUGGAACGUGGAUUACUGCCAGAUCCUGAAAGAUAUCACAGUUGAGGACAUGAACGAGAUGGAGAGACACUUCUUGGAGCUGCUGCAGUUUAAUAUUAAUGUUCCCGCCAGUGUGUAUGCCAAAUACUACUUUGAUCUCCGCUCUUUAGCAGAUGACAACAAUAUGAGCUUUCUGCUGGAGCCCCUCAGCAAAGAGCGAGCGCAGAAAUUAGAGGCUAUCUCCAGACUGUGCGAAGACAAAUACAAAGACUUGUCGAAAGCUGCCAUGAGACGAUCUUUCAGUGCCGAUAAUUUAGUUGGUAUUCGUCAUUCUAAUGCCAUCCUCUCCUGAGAAGAGUUGAGGAGCAGGGCAGCCUGAAGCUAGCAUCAGGAAGGAAGCGGGAUACCUCACCACUUCCUGCCUGCGAGCCAGCAGGUAGGGAAGAUCGCGAGAAGAGAGAGGUCGCUUCCCAAGGACCCCCCCCCCCCGGAUCCGAGGAAAACGCCGCUGGAAAGCCGGGACUUGUCAAAGCGGCAGUCACUCCUCUCCUUUUCAGUGUAUCCAAAAGGGCAAAAAGAAACUUACAGAUGGAAGGCUCACACACACACACCCCUCCACCCACCCCAGCCCCACACACGCACAGAUGUUUGCUUACUGUGUAGGCCUAUAGCUGUGAACUGUGAGUUUUUUAAAGUAACAGUUUUAAAACCUAAAAAUGAAACACUAACCAUGUGACUCUAGUUCAGAUGUUCUCCCUCCCACUUUCCUGGCUGCCUAAAGCCUGCGGUGUGUCUUUUCCAAGUCAGCACGGUGUUUAAUAUUCAAGCCGGGACUCUCCGAAAGCCCCUCUGGAGUAGAUACUGGACCACUGAUGGACGUCGACGAGUUUCCCUCCCCGUUUUGUUGCAAAUAAAGCUGCUAAUGACCAGUGGCAAUCAUCUUAAAUUAAGGGUUUGGUGUUUUGCCAUUAACACUCCAGGAAAUUGGGUCUGCCCAGAUUGGCGUUUCAGUCUACCUUGGAUUGGAAGCAGAGAUAAAGUAGGUUAUAUUGAUUGAUUUGUCCUUUUUCAGAGUGGGUCCAUACUACAUUUCUUUUGAACUAUGGUGCUUCUGACUUUUGGAUUAUUUUUUGUUGUUGUUCCUGCUCUGAAAGAGGUGCAGCCUGUUGGAUGUUUCUGAUCUGUUCAUGAGCAGGGAGGAAAUAAUUUCAGUAGCCCAAAGUGACACAGUGACGAUGCUCUGUGUACUAAGGCACGGUGACAUGGGAACUCUCGUACUGAAGAGCCAUGAGGAUGGCGUUAAGUUGGCAGUACAGUGCUCUGCUUUGGUCCUCUGGACUUCCUGCUACUUCUGGUCCUUGGGAAAAAUGG